CGGCGCUUUCCGCCCGGAGGGACCCCCACACGGACGUGACUGCUGCGCCUUGGCGCCCGCGAGCUUCCGGGGACCAUGCGGCUGCCCCGGCCCGCCACACGGCCGGCCCCGAGGUCUCGCCCGGCGCGCGAACUGAUGCCCUUGGCCAUGAUGCGCCCCCAGCUGCUGUCUGCUCAGGCACAGCCGGCGUGACUGGGCUGUCACUGGUCCAGCUGGUUCACGCCACCGUUCCCUUUAUGAACAGUUUGAUGGGGCGUCGGGCGGAUGACAGCGGGAACGGUUGUGAUCACUGGCGGAAUCCUAGCUACGGUCAUCCUCCUCUGCAUCAUUGCCGUCCUGUGCUACUGUAGGCUCCAGUAUUACUGCUGCAAGAAGAGUGGAGCGGAAGAUGCAGAUGAGGGAGAGGAGGAGGAGCACGACCUGCCCACACACCCCAGAGGCCCCACCUGCAAUGCCUGCAGCUCCCAGGCCCUGGACGGCCGAGGCAGCCUGGCGCCUGUCCCCGGCGAGCCCUGCGGCCAGCCGUGCAGGGUGGCGGCCGGCCGCUGCACUGCCUGCUCCCCAUACAGCUCCCCCUUCUACAUACGGACGGCUGACAUGGUGCCCAAUGGGGGUGGAGGCGAGAGGCUCUCCUUUGCUCCCACCUGCUACAAGGAGGGGGGACCCGCAUCUCUCCAAGUGGCAGCGCCCCAGAGUUACCCGGUGACGUGGCCAGGCUCUGGGCGCGAGGCCUUCACCAAUCCAAGGGCUAUUAGUACAGACGUGUAACCCCUUUCACCUCCGAUCCCCGCCAGCACUGCUGCCCUCCACCAGGAUCAUCAAUGGGGACAGCGGAUGUCCCCUCCCACAGCCUGCAAGGACCUUCUGUUUUUCUGGCUCUCCUUGCCCCACAGUGGAAGGCUCACCCGGAUUCAGGCUGUUGAGGGCAUUGAGUACCAGGGCAGGGGCUGGCCCCAUGGCCCAGAGGAAGGGGGCCUGACAGGUCGUAUUGGCCGCCUGUCGGUUUCUCUGUUGGGACUUUCCUCUGGCCAGGCCAGCAUGGCCACAGCCCUUGCACUUCCCUCUGUCCCCUGGCUUUGCCAGACUCUGAGGAGAGGAGCAGGAGCAUCAGGGGCAGCUAAGCAAAGGCUCCGGAGGUCUCCCGGGUCCUUGGGGGAUGAAAGGAGAAAGUGGGAGGGGCGAGGGCAAGGGGAGAGGCCAGACCUGAGGCCUUGGCAGAACUCGAGAAGGGUGGGGAAGGAUUGAAGGGCUUUUUCAGGACUUGCUUGCCGCAAUGAAUCCAAGAGCUAGUUCACCAUCUAGUUUUGUACUUCAGCUUCCUAGAGACUGCAGUCCCUGUAGCUGUUCCAACACAGAUGUUACUUCCCAAACAUGCUUGUAUUUGCCCCCAUCCUCAUGGAACAUAGCGACUGGACUUUAAAGGCCAUAGCAUACAGUUAUUCGCAGGGAAUGCACCCAACAUGGACGUCUAGCCUUGUCUCCCCACAAAUCCUUUCUCUGCCUUGGGAACCAGCUGUCCCAGCUGUUGAAACUUUUCCAAGUUUUGUUACUAGAGUCUGAGUAGCUUAGUGAAGGAGAGCCUGCCGAUGGUGUCUGGGGCCCUGGUCUGCCACUCUGAGUGUGGUGCCCUGCAAGGACCUGUGCAUUCCCAGGUGUAUUCACACACACAUCUGUCACCACCAAGUGUGUACACACACACACACGCCUGUUACCGCCAGGUGUGUGCACACACACCAUCACCACCAGUGCAUACCAGGGCUCUGCCACCUUCAGGAACCGCAGAGCAGAAGAGUGAUGUGCCGACUAGAAAGAAAAGUCUGCCUUCAGACAGCGGGAGUGACAGGUGAUCAGGGUGGCGGCCACGGCAGCCAGCUGGUGGUUACAGGAAGCACCUGAGGAGUCUUCCGUCAAACGGCGCUGCCGCGUGGAAGCCCCUCCAGGGACCCGGUGUCCUACCUGGGCAUCCAGCCGUGAGGCCACAGACCAGCACCCUGCCUUUCCACCAGGGAAGGCAGCACUGGCUCCAAGGAUGGGGGCAGAUUUGACUCAGCAAGCAGAUUCCACGCUGGCCACCAUCCCUCUGCUGACCCAACCCCUAGUCUCUGAACGAGGGCCUGUUUAUUGCUGGGUCGCUCUGGCCCCGAGUCCAGAUCCCAGAUAUAACUCAGCUGUGGCCUUAUGCUGUUUGUGUGGCUGCAUCUGAUGAGUGUCCCAGUUGCCGUAAGGGGUGGCUGCCCACCUCCCUUUUAAGGGCAUUAGUAACCCCCAGCCUCUCUUGAGUCAUUGCAGUGUGUGGAACAAGAAGGGAGCAGGCCCCUUGCCUGGUUUUUGUUGAAUUUUGAUUUUUGCAUCUGAGAAAGGGAGGGUGCAGCUGAGAGAGGGGUGAAGGGGAAGAGAAUUUGCCACACCUUUGCAUCCUUCUGGGCACUUGUCACCUUGCAUCUCAAUCUGAAAUCAAGGCUCACUGCAUUGAGAGCCAGAGGACCUGGGGUCUGGCCACACUUGGGUUACUCUGGGUCCUCUGAGGACCGGUCCCUUAUCUCCUCUGAGACCCCAUUUCCUCCAGGGAAAUGGGACUCGCCCAGAUAGACUCUGAGGGCCCUUUAGUGCUCCAGGAAGCCAGGAUUCCCUGAAAAGUCCUGCCAACCAGACCACUCUCUCUCUCGCCCCAGUCCUGGCAAGGGACUGGAUACACUUUCCAAUUGCCUGAUCCUGUGUGCACGGAUGCAUGUUGAUGGAUCCAAGACCACAGUACAUUGCAGGAUUAGCUGGUGAAACAAUUUUAACAUCAGAAAAAAGCCAACAUAUUUGACUCUCCUACUGGGUGACUUCAAGUUCUCUGCUACUAGGAAGCAGCUCUCAGUGGGGGUAAGCAGCUCUGUCUCCGAGAGCCCGGAGGGACCAGCUUAGGGACAGUGGCUUUCACAUCCCCACACCCAUCCCACUGCCAGCCCUUCCUGGGCUAAGCACACCCGUUGAUGUGAGCUGCUGGGCCUGGCCACCCUAGCUGCCUCCUGAUGACCAGCCCCAGUGCCUUGCUGCCCUGGGAUUCUACAGCUGCACAACCACGUCAGGGGCUGCCCCUCCUUACCCCCAAAAUUCCAGUACCUCCCACCUUCAGAGAAGUCAAGACCCAGUCAACUCUCACGUGCUUCUUGGCCCUCAUCUAUUGAGAUCCCAGAGUGAAAAGCAUCUCCGUACAGUCCCUCUCUCCUCCCAGAGCUUCCCCAACCUCAAUCAACCCACAAGUCAACAUCUGAGUUUGGGGCAUUGGAGAGAUGGUGGCUACGGCUCCCCCUGCCCUGACCGCCCCACACUGCUCCGGGCACAGCCUCGAGGUUGCCUGCCAGCCUCCCAGCAGCUGCGAGGACCUUUCCUGUGGAAGAGGAAGCUCACCCCACUCCACCGCACUGUACUUUUUAGCCGCUGAGUCUGUGCUCUGGGACACUGUUCGGACACUUUUCAAGCUGCACCCUAAAGAGGAAGCAGAGAGGCAGGGACCCCCUGCUCUCGCUGACGUUUCUCUCCACUGCUCCUGCUACAGAGUUCUUCUCCUGCAUCUUUGAUAACUUGGAGUCACAACCAAGCAAAUGUCCAAAAUAAAGGAGGGAUUUGAAAUAGAAA